UAUUAUACUGUUGUUUAGUAGUUUGGGUCCCCAAAUCUUGUUGGAGUGCAGUUCCCAGAAGCUUGUACAUUUAAUAAGCCCAUGUUUUAGAAGCUUCUAUAGAGCCAAAGAUAGAAAAGACUGCACUCCAGCACCACCAAUGGUCAGAGCAUAUUUCUGUAUUUUGGUGUUGAUGUAGCUUUUUAAGAGGGGACCCUAAAUAGAUCUAUCAAAUUGUAGGAAGCAGGUUAUGCUAUGUGAGAGUUAGUAAUGUUAGAAUGUGUUUCAGUCUGGCAGCUCAGUAAUCCAGGUGCAGAUUGUGAACUGUUACAAUUUUACAAGAGAGCCAAGUAUAUAACUGAAGUUGGCCCAGCAUUGCACAAAGACCACUUCCUUCUUAAACUGGGCUUGUUCCCUGUUCUCUAUUAUAAACAUAAGCAAGCCAAUCUGCCUACACAAACCCUUCUUAUUGCCUUGUCAGCUGACUGAAUACACGUCACAUACAAGUCUUUCUGGUUUCAGGACAUUCCACCAUGUUGGGUUCGGGGUUUAAGGCAGAGAGACUUCGUGUUAAUCUUAGACUUGCCAUUAAUCGACUAAAGCUGCUGGAGAAGAAGAAAACUGAGAUGGCACAGAAGGCCAGAAAGGAGAUUGCUGACUACUUGUCUUGUCGGAAGGAUGAGCGAGCACGGAUCAGAGUUGAACAUAUUAUUAGAGAAGAUUACCUUGUAGAGGCCAUGGAGAUUUUGGAACUAUAUUGUGAUUUGUUACUGGCACGUUAUGGUUUAAUCCAGUCAAUGAGGGAACUGGACCCUGGUUUGGCUGAAGCUGUUUCAACACUGAUCUGGGCUGCACCACGCCUCCAGUCGGAGGUUUCUGAGUUGAAGAUAGUGGCCAGUCAAUUAUGCCACAAAUACAGCAAAGAGUAUGGUAAUCUGUGUCGUACAAAUCAGAUUGGAACAGUCAGUGAAAGGCUAAUGCAUAAAUUAAGUGCUGCCGCACCUCCUAGAAUCCUGGUGGAGAAAUACCUGAUUGAGAUUGCAAAGAAUUACAAAGUCCCAUAUGAGCCAGAUGCAGUAAUUAUGAGUGAAGCUCCCACAUUUUCUGAAGUGGACCCCAGUAUUAUCGGAUUUGUUCAUGACGAUAAGAAGGGAGGUCCUGGCACUGGAGGAGGGUCUGGAGGAGGAGACUUCAGAAGUAAUCAACUUUACCCAUGUCCAAAUGAUCCAAAAUCCUUUCCUGAUCCAUCCGUAGGGAUAUAUGAGCCUUGUGCUUUUGUACAGCCACCACCAAGGGGAAAAAUGGUUCCUCAUGCUCCAGACAUUCCCCCUUCCUCUAACAUGAUGAACAACAGAGGUGGAGACUCAGGAGCCAGUCCUGUAAUGAAUUCUGGUCAAGGAGAAAAUGCAGCAGGAAAGUAUAAUAAUCUGCCACUUCCUAAACUCCCAUCUGUACCUGUCAGUCCGGCUCACACUGCCCCACCUUCUGACACAGCACCAUAUGAAGACAUUGAUUUUGAGGAUCUGUCAAAAAGGCUGGAUGACUUGAAAAAGAAGACAUAAAGGAUCUGUUGUCAUCUCCAGUUAUAGAGCAGACUGUCUCUUUGUAAAUAUGGAAGUUUCUUUUGCACUAGUUACUUGGAUAGUCAUCCAUGUUCAAAAGAAGGAAGCUAGAUUCUGUACAUUCAUUUGUAGAUGUUUCUGACAAUUUGUCUCAGACCCAUUCCCCUUUUAGACUGUAAGACUCUGUUAGGGAGGGCCCUCUUUACCUCUUGUAUCAGUUAUUGGGUGUUUUGUAUAAAAACUGUAUGUUCAGUGUACACACCAAUUAAUUGUACCGCACUGCAUGAUAAUGCAGCUCUUUGUAAAUAUGUGAUAAUAAUAAUUAGCUCCCCUUGUAUAUAAUACCUGAUAUCGUAUAUGUGUUAUCAGCCUCAACACACAAUUACCAAAUUUACACAGAAAGAUACAUGAGGCUUAUCUGGAAAAAAAUAAAAUUUGAGAAUUUA